CCGCGAGGCGCCCCGAGGGGGCCGGGCCGUCCGGUGGGGCCGCGGCCCUGUUCGGUGCUGCGAGUUCGCCCUCUCGCGGCUCCCCGGCCCGGCCGCCGCCGCCCCUCUCCCCGCCCAGAGGCGCCCCGGGGGCACCAUGCAGGCGCAGCAGCUGCCGUACGAGUUUUUCAGCGAGGAGAACGCACCCAAGUGGCGGGGGCUGCUGGUGCCGGCGCUGAAAAAGGUCCAGGGGCAAGUUCAUCCGACUCUUGAGUCUAGUGAUGAUGCUCUUCAAUAUGUUGAAGAAUUAAUUUUGCAGUUAUUAAAUAUGCUAUGCCAAGCUCAGCCCCGAAGUGCUUCAGAUGUAGAGGAACGUGUUCAAAAAAGUUUCCCUCAUCCAAUUGAUAAGUGGGCAAUAGCUGAUGCCCAAUCGGCUAUUGAAAAGAGGAAGCGAAGAAACCCUUUAUCUCUCCCAGUAGAAAAAAUUCAUCCUUUACUAAAGGAGGUCCUAGGUUAUAAAAUUGACCACCAGGUUUCUGUUUACAUAGUAGCUGUAUUAGAAUACAUUUCUGCAGACAUUUUAAAGCUGGUGGGGAAUUAUGUACGAAAUAUACGGCAUUAUGAAAUUACAAAACAAGAUAUUAAAGUGGCAAUGUGUGCUGAUAAGGUAUUAAUGGACAUGUUUCAUCAAGAUGUAGAAGAUAUAAAUAUAUUAUCUUUAACUGAUGAAGAGCCUUCCACCUCAGGAGAGCAAACUUAUUAUGAUUUGGUAAAAGCAUUUAUGGCAGAAAUUCGACAGUACAUAAGGGAACUAAAUUUAAUUAUAAAAGUUUUUAGAGAACCCUUUGUCUCCAACUCAAAAUUGUUUUCAGCUAAUGAUGUAGAAAAUAUAUUUAGUCGUAUAGUAGAUAUACAUGAACUUAGUGUAAAGUUACUGGGCCAUAUAGAAGAUACUGUGGAAAUGACUGAUGAAGGUAGCCCCCAUCCCUUAGUAGGAAGCUGCUUUGAAGACUUAGCAGAGGAACUGGCAUUUGAUCCAUAUGAAUCAUAUGCUCGAGAUAUUUUACGGCCUGGUUUUCAUGAUCGCUUCCUUAGUCAGUUAUCAAAGCCUGGAGCGGCACUCUAUUUACAGUCAAUAGGCGAAGGUUUCAAAGAAGCUGUUCAGUAUGUUUUACCCAGGCUACUUCUAGCCCCUGUUUACCACUGUCUACAUUACUUUGAACUUUUGAAGCAGUUAGAAGAAAAGAGUGAAGAUCAAGAAGACAAGGAAUGUUUGAAACAAGCAAUAACAGCUUUGCUUAAUGUUCAGAGUGGUAUGGAAAAAAUAUGUUCUAAAAGUCUUGCAAAACGAAGACUGAGUGAAUCUGCAUGUCGGUUUUAUAGUCAGCAAAUGAAGGGGAAACAACUAGCAAUCAAGAAAAUGAACGAGAUUCAAAAGAAUAUUGAUGGUUGGGAGGGAAAGGACAUUGGACAGUGUUGCAAUGAAUUUAUAAUGGAAGGAACUCUUACACGUGUAGGAGCCAAACAUGAGAGACACAUAUUUCUCUUUGAUGGCUUAAUGAUUUGCUGUAAAUCAAAUCAUGGGCAGCCAAGACUUCCUGGUGCUAGCAAUGCAGAAUAUCGUCUUAAAGAAAAGUUUUUCAUGCGAAAGGUACAAAUUAAUGACAAAGAUGACACCAGUGAGUACAAGCAUGCUUUUGAAAUAAUUUUAAAAGAUGAAAAUAGUGUUAUAUUUUCUGCCAAGUCAGCUGAAGAGAAAAACAACUGGAUGGCAGCAUUGAUAUCUUUACAGUACCGGAGUACACUGGAAAGGAUGCUUGAUGUGACGAUGCUGCAGGAAGAGAAGGAGGAGCAGAUGAGGCUCCCUAGUGCUGAUGUUUAUAGAUUUGCAGAGCCUGACUCUGAAGAGAAUAUAAUAUUUGAAGAAAACAUGCAGCCCAAGGCUGGAAUUCCAAUUAUCAAAGCAGGAACUGUUAUUAAACUUAUAGAGAGGCUCACAUACCAUAUGUAUGCAGAUCCCAAUUUUGUUCGGACAUUUCUUACAACAUACAGAUCCUUUUGUAAACCUCAAGAACUACUGAGUCUUAUAAUAGAAAGGUUUGAAAUCCCAGAGCCUGAGCCAACAGAAGCUGACCGCAUAGCUAUAGAGAACGGAGAUCAGCCCUUGAGUGCAGAACUAAAAAGGUUUAGAAAAGAGUACAUACAGCCUGUGCAGCUGCGAGUAUUAAAUGUAUGUCGGCAUUGGGUAGAGCACCACUUCUAUGAUUUUGAAAGGGAUGCAGAUCUUUUGCAGCGAAUGGAAGAAUUUAUUGGAACAGUGAGAGGUAAAGCAAUGAAAAAAUGGGUUGAAUCCAUCACUAAAAUAAUCCAAAGGAAAAAAAUUGCAAGAGACAAUGGACCAGGUCAUAAUAUUACAUUUCAGAGUUCACCUCCCACAGUUGAGUGGCAUAUAAGCAGGCCUGGGCACAUAGAGACUUUUGACCUGCUCACCUUACACCCAAUAGAAAUUGCUCGACAACUCACUUUACUUGAAUCAGAUCUAUAUCGAGCUGUACAGCCAUCAGAAUUAGUUGGAAGUGUGUGGACAAAAGAAGACAAAGAAAUUAAUUCUCCUAAUCUUCUAAAAAUGAUCCGGCAUACCACUAAUCUCACUCUGUGGUUUGAGAAAUGUAUUGUAGAAACUGAAAAUUUAGAAGAAAGAGUAGCUGUGGUGAGUCGAAUAAUUGAGAUUCUACAAGUCUUUCAAGAGCUGAACAACUUCAAUGGUGUCCUUGAGGUUGUCAGUGCUAUGAACUCCUCACCUGUUUACAGACUAGACCACACAUUUGAGCAAAUACCAAGUCGCCAAAAGAAAAUUUUAGAAGAAGCUCAUGAAUUAAGUGAAGAUCACUAUAAGAAAUAUUUGGCAAAACUCAGGUCUAUUAAUCCACCAUGUGUGCCUUUCUUUGGAAUUUAUCUAACUAAUAUCUUGAAAACAGAAGAAGGCAACCCUGAGGUCCUAAAAAGGCAUGGAAAAGAGCUUAUAAACUUUAGCAAAAGGAGGAAAGUAGCAGAAAUAACAGGAGAGAUCCAGCAGUACCAAAACCAGCCUUAUUGUUUACGAGUAGAAUCAGAUAUCAAAAGGUUCUUUGAAAAUUUGAAUCCAAUGGGAAAUAGCAUGGAAAAAGAAUUUACAGAUUAUCUUUUCAACAAAUCCCUAGAAAUAGAACCACGAAACCCUAAGCCUCUCCCAAGAUUUCCAAAAAAAUAUAGCUAUCCCCUAAAAUCUCCUGGUGUUCGUCCAUCAAACCCAAGACCAGGGACCAUGAGACAUCCCACACCUCUGCAGCAGGAGCCAAGGAAAAUUAGUUAUAGUAGGAUCCCUGAAAGUGAAACAGAAAGUACAGCAUCUGCACCAAACUCUCCAAGAACACCGUUAACACCUCCUCCUGCUUCUGGUGCUUCUAGUACCACAGAUGUUUGCAGCGUUUUUGAUUCCGAUCAUUCGAGCCCUUUUCACUCAAGCAGCGAUACCAUCUUUAUCCAAGUUUCACUGCCCCAUGGCCCAAGAUCUGCUUCAGUAUCGUCUAUAAGUUUAACCAAGGGCACUGAUGAAGUGCCCCUCCCCCCUCCCGUUCCUCCACGAAGACGGCCGGAAUCUGCCCCCGCCGAAUCUUCGCCGUCUAAGAUCAUGUCUAAGCAUUUGGACAGCCCCCCAGCGAUUCCUCCUAGGCAGCCCACAUCCAAAGCCUAUUCACCACGAUACUCAAUAUCAGACCGGACCUCUAUAUCAGACCCUCCUGAGAGCCCUCCCUUAUUACCACCGCGAGAACCUGUGAGGACACCUGAUGUUUUCUCCAGCUCCCCGCUACAUCUCCAGCCUCCCCCUUUGGGCAAAAAAAGCGAUCAUGGCAAUGCCUUCUUCCCAAACAGCCCUUCCCCUUUUACACCACCUCCUCCUCAGACACCAUCUCCCCAUGGCACGAGAAGGCAUCUGCCGUCACCGCCAUUGACACAAGAAGUGGACCUUCCUUCCAUCACUGGGCCACCUGUUCCUCCACGACAAAGCACUUCUCAACAUAUCCCUAAACUCCCUCCAAAAACUUAUAAAAGGGAGCACACACACCCAUCCAUGCACAGAGACGGACCACCGCUGCUGGAGAACGCCCAUUCCUCCUGAGUUGCUCUGUUCCAGGACGGACGUUUUGCUGGCCGUAGACCCAGUGCUGGCGAUGGGCGCACUGAGCAAGCCAGCGCUGGGGGGGUUGAAACGACAGCUCCCAACACUACCGACUCUACUUCAGGAUGCAGCGUAAGACAACGAACCUUACCCAAGACGUAAUUAUACGUGAAAAUGGCAUUCGUUUCAAAUCUGGGAAGACCGAUCUAAAGGAAUUGGACAACUGAUUGCACCUGAAGAUCGAGGAAAGGGACUUUCCCAGCCAAUAGGCAGGAGUCCCCUUUUUGUGAAGCGAUCUUUAUCAUUAAAGGGAUGGAAAACACAGUCUAGUGUCCAGCAGGCCCACAUGAUGACAGCUUUUGUAAUUCAAAAUAUGCACUUUUUAAAAAGAAAUCUUAAACAGGGAUCUUCAUAUCUCCUUUGUUUUCCUUUGCUUUUACUCGUCCUACUUUAAAAUAUUUUCUUACAAAUCAUUCAGAGGACUGUGAGGAGCGGCUGUGGUGCCUGAGCUCUUUGGAGUCAGGGCCCAGCACUGUGGCAGUCCUGUUUACAGACUAUUACAGUGAAGUGAAUGGGUACCGAGGCUUCACCAAAGAGGUACUUUUUUUCUUUUUGUUUUUGCUUUCUUUCUUUCUUCUUUCUUUCUUUUUUUUAAGGAGUAAUUAUACUAAUUUUAAGAGCAUUCCCCCACCCCCCCUACACAAACAAAACAUGGUGGUAUUGCCUUCAAACGAGAGAAGUUUUGUGUCAUUAAGGUGACAGAACUUUUUUAAAAAUGUAACUGUCAAGUAUACGAUUUACACUUAGGAGACUGUUAAUCUAUGCUAGAUUCUUACUUUCCCCCCUUCUCCCACAAAAGUUUACUGAUAAUCCAUGUCAUGGCUCAUAGCUGUCCCUCUAACCGGACUCUGGAAACGCAGUCACCUGGUGUGAAAAGGAGCGCUUGCUGGGCAUCACUGACACCGUUCAUGUUUUACUGAUAGUUGAGUAAUCAGCAUAUCUAGAAUUACCUUGCAUUGCCGAAAUCAUGUGUAUAUAGUGAAUGUUAUGGUCUGUUUUAAUUUAAUUGAAUAAAGAUACAAAUACUUUGUUUGGCUGGCAUAUAUUAAAUUAUUAUAUGGAGAAAA